AUGGCCUCCUACGGGCUUUUGGGCCAGCCAGAAGAAGACGCCCUCCACAAGUCGCGUCUUCUCAACGUCGAAGAGAAACCCUUCAAGCGCAUCUCCAAACGUCUCCUCAACCCAGACUCGCUGAUCGUCUCCAAUGCCUCCCUUCCACUCACGCCUCCCCCCGACGAAACCGAUGCCAACGCGGACGCAGGCCCAGAAGCGAAACUACAAAAACGACUCGAAGAAUGGCGCACGUUUCGCGAAGAUGUAACACUCGACUUCGCCGCCUUCGAAGGCAGUAUUGCCCGCAUUCAAUUCCUCCUCAAUAGCAAUGAGGCGGAGCGCCAACGAUACGUGACCGAGAAGCUAGCCAUCCUAGAUACGAUGCAGUCGGUGCGCAAGAACACAACCGAGCUCCGCGGUCAACUAGAGGAAGCGCAAAGGUUGCUUGCCCUGCGUAAGACCUAUGAUGACCUUGCGGAUAAGAUUACCAGCAACCGCCUGCUGAAGCCGCGGGAAGACCAGCAGGCGAAUCUGCAGAAACUGCAAAUGGAGAUUACGGAGUUGGAGAAGGAGAGCAAAGACUACGCGACGACGUGGGCGGAACGGAGAGAACAGUUUGGUCGGAUUGUCGAGGAAGGAAUGCAGCUCCGCCGCUUGAUUCGUGAUGAGAAGGAAGAAGUUGAGCGACGGGAGGGUAUGCAGGAGGGCGAAGAUGGCGAUGAGGGCGAUGCUGCCUCGAAAGGCAAGCUCAGUGCUGCCAACAGCCCCCUCCCCGAAGGUGAGAGCAUGACACCGUCGCAGCAUAGCCAGGACGAGAGUGGCCGGUUACAAGUCGAGAAGGGCUCUGGUGCAACGGGUGCCGCCUCUCCACUUCGGCAGGCAAUCAGUGCAGGGGGUGAGAAGGGCUCUACGGAUCGUGAAGAUACCAACAUGGUGGACGAGGGUGAGGUCACCGCUGAUGAUGCAGGGGAGCUAUCAGAUGAGCUCGAGGAAGGUGAGGAGCUGCCGGAUGAGAGGAUGGACACCUCUUGA